GUCGCAGAAUAUGGUGUUCAGCCAAGACGAUUUACAUGGAUGUACUACUUGCUGGUUGUGAGUUAACAGAGGUAACCUGUAAGGCUGUAGCCUCUGCUUUGCAGUCCUCCAUCUCCCUAAAGGAACUGGACCUGAGUUACAAUGACCUGAAGGAGUCUGGAGUUCAGCUUCUCUGUACAGGACUCAAUAGCCCUCACUCUAAGCUGACAACAUUAAGGCUCAAUCUGUGCCACCUCUCUAAAGCAAGCUGUGAAAUGAUGGCAUCCGUGCUGCGAAGUGCACCUUCCCAUCUGAGAGAACUGGACAUGAGUGACAAUGACCUGAAGGAUCAAGGAGUGGAGCUGCUCUGUGUGGGACUAAGAAAUCCACAAUGCAAGCUGGAGACACUGAGACUGUCUGGUUGUCUCAUCACACAUGAGGGCUGUUCUCUCUUGUCCUCUGCCCUCAAAUCAAACCCCUCCUACCUGAAACAGCUGGAUCUGAACUACAAUCACCCAGGAGACUCAGGUGUCAGAGAGCUCACAGACAGACUGAAUGAUCCCAUCUGUAAACUAGAGACGUUGAGGUAUGACCAUGGAGGAGAGUGCAGGAUUAAACCAGGACACAGAAAAUAUGCCUGUGAGCUCACACUGGACCCAAACACAGCACACAGAUCUCUCUCUCUCUCUGAGGGGAACAGAAAGGUGACACGUUUGAAGAGGCAGCAGCAGCCGUAUCCUGACCACCCAGAGAGAUUUGACUCCAGGGCUCAGGUGCUGUGUAGAGAGGGUCUGGCUGGACACCAUCCAGAGAGAUGUGACAGUCUGGGUCAGAGUCUAGUCAACACGGGUCAGUCUGGACGCUACUACUGGGAGGCUGAGUGGCGUAAUGGUGAGAUAGCAGUGGCCUAUAAAAGCAUGGAGAGGAAAGGGAGUGGGAACAGCAGCAGGUUUGGAGGUAAUGCCAAGUCCUGGAGUCUGGAGUGCUCUAGUAACAGUUACUCUGCCUGCCACAAUAAUAAGCAGACUGCCAUACCUGCCCCCUCCUCCAGCUCCAGCAGAGUAGGAGUGUACCUGGACUGGCCAGCAGGCACUCUGUCCUUCUACAGCGUCUCCUCUAACACACUCACCCACCUGCACACGUUCCACUCCACAUUCACUGAGCCCCUCUAUCCUGGGUUUUGGACUCUCUCCUCAGUGUCCCUGUGCCAGAUCACAUGACCUCCUAAUCCUGCAGCAGAGGAGAGCCACGCACCUGUUUACACACUCCUGUGUGUGUGUGUGUGUGUGUGUGUGUGUGUGUGUGUGUGCUUUGUGUGUGUAUGUGUGUGUGUGUGUGUGUCUGUGUGUGUGCUUUGUGUUUGUGUGUGUUUCCACAGGAGAGGAGCGCCACACACACUACUAUGUGUGUAUGUGUGUCCCUUCUAUUGCCUCAUCUGUUUCUUUUUGUGUGUGUGUGUUUAGUAUGUCUCUUUCUCUCUCGCUCUCUCUCACUCCUUCUGUGUGUGUGUGUAUGUGUGUUGCUGGCUUCCUCUGUGCUGCAUCAUUCUUCUGUUGCUGCAGAUUAAUAAGAUUAUAAAAUGAACAUACAGUGAGAGUGGACAUGUUUUCUCAGGGCUGGGAGUGUUAAUCCACCGUUAUUUUACAUCUAUAUUCUGAUAUGCUUGAGAGUGAGUCUUCAUAUGCUUGAAGGUGAUUCCUUUUAUUUGAAUAAUAAGUUAAAUAUGUCAUUGGUGAAUUGGUUAAAAUGGCUUAAAGGGAACAGAAUGUAAGUCAUAGGAAAAUGACUUACAAAUAAAUAAAGUCAUGA